CUGAACGUCAACAAUGAUGGCGCUGCCAGAAGCAGCCCUGCGCGUAAAGAUGCUACUCUGCCGCCGCACUUUGUACAAAUUCGCCUCUUUUUCAGGCGCUCGCUUGCUUUCUACGCACGGCUCCUCUCAGUCUGUGUCGCCCAAGCCCCCAGAGGUCGCGGACGACCAUUUAAUCUACACACAAGAGCACUUUGCGUUGAAGGAGGCCCUCAGGAAGCUCAUCGACCAGGAGAUUAACCCUUAUGUGGAUCAGUGGGAAGCAGAAGGGACUUUUCCAGCUCACAAAGUCUUCAAGGUACUGGGAAAUGCAGGCUUUCUUGGAGUGAACAAACCAGUUGAGUACGGCGGCUUGGGAUUGGACUUCAGCUAUAGUGUCGCCGUAGCAGAGGAGCUGGGCAGCAUUCGCUGCGGAGGCAUUCCCAUGGCCAUUGGCGUGCAAAGUGACAUGGCUACUCCAGCUCUGGCCAGGUUUGGUUCAGACGAGCUGAAGAGGGAGUUCCUGCUGCCUUCCAUUAUGGGGGACAAAGUGGCCUGUCUUGGUGUGAGUGAGGUCGGAGCCGGCUCCGAUGUCUCAAGUAUUAAAACCAAGGCAGUGAGAAAAGGGGAUGAAUAUGUGAUAAAUGGAGGAAAAAUGUGGACAACCAGUGGUACACAGGCCGACUGGAUGUGUCUCCUCGCCAACACCAGCGAUGGACCCCCACACAAGAACAAAUCUCUCAUCUGUUUACCCAUGAACCUGCCAGGAGUACACAUUGCCCGGAAGAUUAAUAAAAUCGGCAUGUGGUCAUCAGACACAGCCGAAGUUUUCUUCGAUGACGUCCGCGUGCCCUGCAAGAACGUCAUCGGCCAGGAAGGCAUGGGCUUCACCUAUCAGAUGCUUCAGUUCCAGGAAGAAAGGCUCUGGGCCGUGGCCAAUAUUGUCACAACAAUGGACAGCAUCAUUCAGGACACCAUCAAUUACACACGGCAGAGGAAGGUCUUCCAGCAGCCUGUCCUCUAUCACCAGGCAGUUCACUUCAGGCUGGCCGAGCUUCAGACGGAAGUCGAGUUGCUCCGCUCCCUCCUGUACCGCGCUACAGCAAUGUACAUCAAAGGUAAUGAUGUGACCAAGCUGGCUUCAAUGGCCAAGUUAAAGGGCGGCCGCCUCGCGAGAGAACUGAGCGACAGCUGUCUGCAGUACUGGGGCGGGAUGGGCUACACCAGUGAUGUGCCAGUCAGCAGAUUCUACAGGGAUUCCAGGUUGAUGUCGAUUGGUGCAGGAGCUGAUGAGGUCAUGCUGGGAAUCAUUUGCAAAUACAUGGACACGCUGCCCAGGAAGUGAUCUCAUCGAUGGUUUCCCUUGGACUGACUUCGCGCCCGUCCUGAACGUGUUGCUAAAUCAUUAAACACUGAAGUGCAAUUCUGACAUAUUUAUGUUUUUAGCAGUGGAGACUUACUUUUGUCUGCUUGUUCUCAUCAGACAAGUAAGCGCUCAAGUUUUCCUUUGUAAUUUUAACUAAUUGUAUAGAUUUUCCUUAUUUUUGUAGAAAAAAAGCUGAUUAACAUGUAUAAAACUUGCAUUUUUAUACAUUGCUAAAUGUAUGCAGAUUGCCAUGACAGCCAUUAUGUGAUAAUGGAACACACGUAAAUGUUCAGAACAUAAAAUGUGUUUAUUUACAGUAACAUUUUUACGUGUAAUCUGAAGAAACAAUAUUGCUCUCAUAAAUCUUCUGAUUCUUUAACAUAAACUCUUUCAAAUUGCA